GGGCGGAGCAGCGCCCGUCCCGCCCCGCUGAGCCGACGGCAGAGUUGUGCCGCCGGCUCGCCUGCCGCAGCUCGCCACGUCCCGUCCCGUCCUCGCCACAGGCAGAGGUUCCACGCCCCGGCGGCGGCCGAUGGAUCCCGAGGCGGCGGACCGCGAGCUGUCCCGCCUGCACGCUCUCUUCCUGGCAUGCGACGCCAGGGGCUCGGGCCGCAUCGAGCGGGAGGAUUUCGUGGCGCUCUGCGCCGAGCUGCGAGUGCGGCCAGCCGAGGCCGAGGCCAUCUUCCAUCGCCUCGACAGUGACCGAGACGGGGCCAUCACCUUUCCGGAGUUCGCCCGCGGCUUCCGCGGCGCCACCUGCCAGCGGCCGGGCGGCAGCGAGCCCGAGGGGCAGGAGGAAGCGGAGGCGGCCGCGGGGCUGGAGCAGUCCUGGAGUGAUUUCGAGGUGCGGCUCGGGGACGAGGCGAGGUACAUCCCCAGACAAGAGCAGGUUAGUGUUCUGUAUCAGAACAUAUACAUAGUUGAACCAAGAUUAAUCCAGCCAUACGAACAUGUCAUUAAGAACUUCAUCCGAGAGAUCAAACUUCAAAGCACAGAAAUGGAAACUUUGGCCAUCGCAGUAAAAAGAGCUCAGGAUAGAGCGGCAGUUCAGCUCAGUGAGCUGGAGGAAGAGAUGGAGCAACGGAUACAGGCUGCAGAACACAAAGUUAAAAUGGAAGAGAAACAAAAAGCUGAAGAAGCACUAAAUGAGCUGAAGCGCCAGUAUGAUACUGAAGUUGGGGAUCUUCAGGUGACAAUAAAAAAACUGAAAAAACUAGAGGAGCAAUACAAAAACGUAAAUCACAGGGAAGAUGUGGUUGAAUUGAAAAGAAGAAUACAUGAUAUGUUGCUGGAAAAUCAGAAACUUAAGAAAGACCUUUUAGAAGCCCAGACAAAUAUAGCUUUUCUACAGAGUGAAUUAGAUACCUUGAAAAGCGAGUAUGUAGAUCAAACUUUGAACACUGAGAGAGACCUAGAAAUGAUCCGAGAGUAUACUGAAGACAGAGGUAAUCUGGAAAGACAAAUUGAAAUACUUCAAUCAGCUAAUAAAAAGCUGCAUGACAGCAAUGAUGGCUUAAGGAGUGCACUUGAAAACAACUUCAGCAAGUACAACAGAUCACUGCGGUUAGCAAACACCUCACCAGGAAGUACACUUUCUAGAAGCAGUCCUAAAUGUAAUGGUGGACAGUCUCCUCUAAACCCACGUUAUGACAGAUCAUCUCAUUCUUCUUGUGUGGAUGAAGAUUAUGAUUCUCUAGCCCUUUGUGAUCCUAUGCAAAGGAUAAACUGUGAAGUUGACAGCUUACCUGAGAGCUGUUUUGACAGUGGUUUAUCUACCCUGAGAGAUUCAAAUGAGUAUGAUUCAGAAGUGGAAUUCAGGCAUCAAAGGAUUUUUCAAAGGUCACAGUGCAUGCAAGAAAGCUUUGGUGGUGAUGCUUCUGAUACAGAUGUUCCAGAGAUCAGGGAUGAAGAAGCAUACAGUCCUGAUAACAGCAGUACAGUAUUAGACUGGAAGCCCUCACGACCAGUAUGUCGAAGCAGCUCAAUUGCUUCAACAAGGAAAUACAUAUCUGCUCUCACCUCUAAGCCAGAUGUUAGUGAAUGCACUGCAAAAUACCCCAGUUCAGAGAAGGCUUACAAGAUUGUUCUUGCUGGAGAUGCCGCAGUGGGAAAAUCCAGUUUCCUUACCAGACUUUGCAAGAAUGAGUUUCGAGGCAAUACCAGUGCAACCCUUGGUGUGGAUUUUCAAAUGAAAAGACUAAUUGUUGAUGGAGAACCUACAGUGCUACAACUAUGGGACACAGCUGGGCAGGAAAGAUUCCGAAGUAUUGCUAAAUCUUACUUCAGAAGAGCAGAUGGUGUCUUACUGUUAUAUGAUGUAACAUGUGAAAAAAGCUUUCUUAAUGUGCGAGAAUGGGUGGAUAUGAUUGAGGUAAGAUGUGCUGCAACUCGUGAGAAUAUUCCAGUUAUGAUGGUGGGAAACAAAGCAGACCUCCGUCAAGCUGUUACAGAACAAGGGCAAAAAUGUGUACCUAUAAACUAUGGAGAAAAGCUGGCUAUGACUUAUAAUGCGCUGUUCUGUGAAACAAGUGCUAAAGAUGGAUCUAAUAUUGUAGAAGCAGUUCUUCAUCUUGCUCGCGAAGUGCGAAAACGAAGUGAUAAUCAAGAUGAUACAAGGUCAGUCACUAGCUUGGCUGGGACACCUGUCAAAAAAUUGGCACUCACGAAAAACUGUUGCAAUGUUUAAGUGACAGAUACUUUUCCUGGCCUAAAUAACUUAUAUAUUUUUCAAAAAAAUGAAGGAUUUCAAUAAUGUAUUCUUGGGGAUAUAUACAUUUGCAUAGUUAGGAAUUGCACAUCAUGUUAAAAAUCCAGACUGUACUUGCUUAUCAUUCAUAUUUAGGGUAUUGCUUUAUCUCUUAGGCUCUGGUUUCACUUUUCUUAAAUAGUAUAAGUCAAUGAAAUGAGCUCACAGUCAAUAUUACUGUUGUCAGUGCAUACAAUCUUGUCAUAUAUUUUAUCUUCUUUACCUGCUUGUUUCUUUAUGGAUUCAUUUUUUCUUAGAUACACAACACAAUAAUAUUUUAUCAUACAGUAAAAGAAAAAAUUAUGGCUUCAACUAAUUUAAUCUCUAUUUGCUUACAUCUGCUUACCUAGUUUUUUGAAGGCCUUAAGUUAUAUGUUGAUGAAACACUUCCUAAGAAAACUCCAAACCAUUGAAAGCUUCCCUAGAUCUAGGUAGUCCCUAAGUUCAGGGCAUGAAGCACAAUGGUUUGUCAGGAGAAGACAGUAGCAGGGGCAUGGAGUUCUAAUGCAAUUUUACAAAAGUUGGUGAGUUAGAAUUUAUUUAAUUUUGGGAGCUGAGGUUUCAUUCAGAACUGAGAAGUAAGUAUUACGUCUGAUCCUACACAGCUCAGAAGUGAAAGGAAUGUUUGCAUGAACCAUUACAGCUCAAAAUUCUGGAGAGACUAUAAUACUUGUGAUAUGUAGGAUUUCGGAGCUUAAUUAACGAUCCAAUACCUGCCUGCUUGUUUAGACUAGAUCAUUGUUAGUAUUGCAAACAGAUAGGGGUUGCAAUUUUUCCCUUGUCUUUCAUAUGUCUUCCAUUCAGACACUAAUUUAGGGAUUGUAAUAGUACAGACAAGUCUGUUUUAAUGGUUAUUCUUCAUGCAUUUUUUAAGUUUUAAACCUGCAAGUGAAAGAACUACUGCACGUGCACAAGCAUCUGUAUAAACUGUUCAUUAAAAGAAGUCCCUGAAGUGAACAGCAACAACUUACCUUAAUAAGGAAUUCCUGAUUUUAGGAAAAUGCUGAGAAACUCACCAGUCAGUGGUAGCUUUAGGUGUAAGCGUCUCUGAAAACUGAGUUAUUACUGCUUAUAAUGCCCUAUAAUGUGACAAAAAAUACAGGUAUUUCUACAGUGAACAGCCAUGAUCCAAUUCUUCUCAGCUUUCACUAAUUUUGAUGGGAAUUGGAUGGGGCCCCUGCAGAGCUAGCAAAACCGUUUUGGUUCUUUUUGUAUAUAUUUUCAACAUCUAUAUGUAUAGAACAUCUUUGGGUUGAAACCUAGCUCAGCAAAACAACUCUGGAUAGUUUUAAAGACUGUUUGGAAACCCUUAUGACUAGCAGCUGCUAUUGCAUUUUGUCAGCGCUAUAUUUGAACAAAGUCUACCCUGUACUAUAUUAUCAAUUUUAUAAAACAUGGAGUUCUCAGAAACAGGAUGCUGCAUAAUUUUUUUAAAAUGAUGCAGUUUUAGCAUAUGAGGAGCAAUGAUUUUAGGUGUCCUUUCAAACCUCUAGAUCAGACCAGUUAAUUCUCAGGUAACUAUCUGAAAACUUACUAAGACAGAAAUCUAAUGCCAGAAGGAAUAAGACUUUAUUUUACCGUAUUGUACUUCAGCCCUAGAGGAGAAAACAGGUUUGAUGUCCUUUUUGAAAUACUAGGGGUAUCUUCACAGACUACUUUAGUCCACACAGGAGACUUAAGGGUUGUAGCAUCUGACCACCCAGCAGUAUGAAAGGCCUGGCUGUAGCCCUGAGAAUUAUCUGGAGCAGGUGGCAGAGAAUGAAGGAGUUGCAGGUGUAUCAGGAAUAUGCCUGAUGACAUACGUACUGUUUAUUAUUAACCCUCUAUUAUUAAAGCAAGAAAAUUACAGCUGUAAUUAGCUUCUUUGAGGAGAAAACCAUGCUUAACUGAGUGCAUUGAUGUGGGCCUCUUCUGCAUUCAUUGUGUGUAAAGGUUUCUCAUUGAGGAGUGAAAUGGAAGUAAAGUUACUGUGGUUAAGAAGGUUCUUCCUGCAGCAUUAUGGAGGAGAGAGAUAGGAAGAAAAGGUCAUAAUUAUAAGCUGUUACUUACAUUCCAAAAUAUUGCUUCUUCAGUGUUUCUUCUUGUAAAUUGAGGCUCAGUGAUCUCCUGAACCAGGCUAUGACCAGAUCUGUGGUCAUAGCCUGCAGUAAAUGAGGUGAAAUAUGGUUGUCUAGAAGUUGUUGAUACACCUGAUGAGAAAAAUAUUUCGGCUGGAAACAGAGAACCACGUAACAUUAUUUGCAAGAAGUAUUUCGGGAGGUGGUUUUGUCCAGCCUCCCAAGCACCCAAGCAGAGAUGGACUGUUGCCAGCCUUAGAUCAGUUUAACUGUGGGUUUGGUUAGCCAGGCUGUGAAAAUCCCCAAAGACAGAGAUGCCACCACCAUUCUGGACAAUGUGUUCCUAUGUUUGCACUCCCCUUCUGGAUAAAAAUUUCUCUACAUGUCCAACCUCAGUUUUCCCAGUGACUACAAAUUUGUAGCAAUUUCCUCUCAUUGUAUCAUGUUCUCCUACCAAGAAGAAUUUGGCAGCAAUCUUGGUAACUUGCCUUUCAGUGUUUGAAGGCUGUUAGAUCACCCUUGGCCUUAUUUUCACCACUAUAAUAACAUUAUGAGGUACCUCUUGCAGAUGUGGUUUCCACAUUCCAGAAUUAGCAGUGUAUGUGCAUGUGCAGUAAUUGCUUCAAUAUCUGAGAGUCUUACCAUACAGAGAGUACCAUACAAAUGUCCAUGGCUGUAGAGAGCUUAGGUGAAGGAUAUGAGUUCUGGCACCUGCCUUUGCUCCUAUUUCUUCUGCAGGAUUGGGCCAUUGAUAUUUUGGGUACUUCUUUUUGUUUAUUCUAAUAACCAAAUUCUCUCUUGUGCUAUUUGGCCAGAUUGCAUAAACUGAAUUGUCUUUUUUAAGCUCUGUAAUUUUUUUGUGUCAUGUAAGUCGACUUAAUUUUGAAACAGUGUUGUUCUUAAAUGAGAUUCGGGGUUAGAAACUAUUAAGAAAGUUUUACCUUGCAGUAGUUUUAUGGUCAAUGUAUAAAUUACUGCAAAAAGGUUGUAAAGAAUGGCGAUGUAGCCAUAGUUCAGUUGGAAAUAAUUUUAGAAAUCCUAUGAUCAGCUCCAUCAAGUAAGAAUAUUUAUAUAAAAUUCACAUUGAAGCAAAAGAACUUGGAAAAAAUAUUUAAAUUUAGCAAUUAAAGCAUGAAUUCGUAUAUGGGAAUAAUGAAUAUUAUACGAAGUUGUCUGUUGUUUUGGCAAACGAGCUAUAAAUCUGACAUGGUUGCACUGUUGUACUUUGAAUGUACUUAUGGUUUUGUUUAGUACAUAAGAACUAUUCAUUUAAUGGCACAAAGUUAUCUUUUCAGUUAGUGGAUGUACCCUUAAUGCUUGUAUUUAUUUGAAAAGGCAAGGCCUUUUGUCAUUUUCCCUCAUGAUCUGUAAAUAAAUUAUUUUUUAUUCAGUUAACAUGGAAGUAUUAUUGUAUUUGUUUUGACCCUUUUUAAUUGUGGUGUAAUAUACAUUUCUAAGGCAGUAAUUUCUGUGAGAUGCUCUGAAAAUGUUUUGAUCACAUAAGUUCUUGUAACCACUUUGUGCCUCUUUAGCAUACAUUAAUGGCUUAAUAAGACAAGCUGCAGCUUCUUUUAAUUGUUCUUAGAAGUACAGUUAUGCCCUAAAAUGCUUUAAGUAUUUUUAUUUGUAAUUAUUUUUGUAUUACAAAAUCCACAUCUGUAUGCCCUAUUAAAUUGCAUUUAAAAGUACAGACAACUCCUGCAAGGAGUGUCAUGUAGAUGUACACCCAUGCAGAUCCCCAAUUAAGCUAAUAAGUUCUGUAUUAGUACUGGCAAUCUGUUCAGAUAUAGAUCCUUUUUUCCCAGUCCACUGAUGUAUAACAAUAGUAGGUAACUUUGUAGAGGAAAAAUAUUUCAGUGGAACAUCCCUAAUUCAUAACCCCAAGGGGGACAUUUAUUCAUAUAGUCAGGGCACUUUGUUAUAGUACAAAGAAACAUGCUUCCAAGAUGUUUCUGAUUGUAUUAGAUAAUUUAAAAAAUGGAUUAAUAUCUUGUGUGCAGUUCUAAUGUCCUUUACCACUAAUCUUGCCAGAUUAGAUGUAGCCUGUAAUGUUACCCCUCUGACCCUGUACAAGCUACUUAUGGAUUGGAGCAGAUUUUUACAGCAUCAUUUUAGUGUUUCUUUCCCACUGUAUUACUACCGGGCCUAAUCCUUUCUUAUUGGUAUCUGUAGGAUUAGUAACAUCAAUAUUCAUUAUUAUUCAUUUUUUUCCCACAAAUCUUGUUUUGUUUGAAAACUCUACUUAUAUUAAAAGAAAAUUUGACUGAUAUGUGGAAUCUAGGUUCAAAUGUGUUACUCAGUUUUAAGAAGUCCUUUUCUUACAACUUGCAGUCUUUGUGUUAUGGCUAUAGAUAGCUGGGUUUAUAGGAAAUUAGACAUUAGGUGGCUGAGCAACAAAUAAACCCAAGCUGUGAAGGUUUUCCACUGAAUAUGAAGUGAAAUAUUUAAAAUAGAAGUGUAUUUUCACACUAGUAUGAGGAAGAAAUUCCACGCCAAUUGCAUGUACAAACUUUUAAGAUAAGUCUGGAUAUUAAAUAAAUAAGGCUAUAAAUUGUGAAGACUUUUGAAACUUUAAUUUAUACCAUUCACCAGUAAAGCUGUAGUGUUCAUACAGUUUGUUCCUCCUCAAAACUACAAAUCACUGCAUUCCCUGUAAUUUUGUCCACAUACAUAUUUUAAAAGAACUACAACUUCUCUGUAUUCCAAAUUGCAGUAUA